UCCGCAUAAAGCACGCCACGGUUCACAAUGCUGGGCUCUACAUAUCCUCAAUCUACUGAGCAGCCCUUGGAAAGGUGUGAAGGCACAAUGUCACGCACAUACACAGCGACCGAGAAAAGGCCAACAAGAACGCUUCUUCCAACACAUGAUGCCGAAAUCUACACCAUCGAUGAGCUGAUCAAGCGACGUGCAUCAGAAUUACGAGAUUCACCGCUCAUUGGAUACCCCAAGGAAGGUGUAACAGAUUACGAAGACCAUUCAGCUUUCGCGGUGAACAAAUAUGCCGAUGCAGCCGCAGAGGCCUUGCAACGGAGGGGACUCAAGAAAGUGGAUGCCUCCCUUGACAAGGCCCCUGUCGUUGGCAUUAUCGCCCACUCUGGACUACCCUUCGUCAUCACAUUGUUGGGUCUGAGCAGACUUGGCUAUGCCAGCCUUCUAUUGUCAACCCGACUAGCAGCCCCGGCCUUGAUUCGCUUGCUUGAGCUGGCCGAGUGCAACACUCUUCUGACUACCUCACACUUCCACCCAGUACUGGAAGAAGUCAAGACCGAACGUGGCACUACCGUUCUCGAGCUGCUAAAGCAUGAAGAGUACUAUGGCGUGGACGCACCCAGCUUCCAUCGCGCUUACGACCCAUAUAAGGAGACGACGAAGAACGUUGUCAUCAUUCACUCUUCGGGCUCUACAGGCCUACCUAAGCCGAUCUAUCUCACCAACCGCAGCUGUAUUGCAGCGUUCUCGACAAACUUGGAUAGAAAGGCCUUAAUGACACAACCUCUAUUCCAUAGCUUUGGCUUCUACGAGACCUUCCGAUCGAUAUACUCAGGGAAGCCGAUGUACUACUUCAACUAUGCAUUCCCCUUAACGAAGCAGAACCUCACAGCAACACUCGCAGCCGUCAAGCCUGACCUACUGUUCUGCGUACCGUAUGUUCUCAAGCUUCUAGGCGAAUCAGAAGAAGGAAUCAGGUCACUUGCAAAGAUUGACCUCGUCAUGUAUGGUGGCAGUGCAUGUCCUGACGACCUUGGAGACAUGCUGGUCAAGAACGGUGUCAAUUUGGUAGCCAAUUAUGGCGCCACCGAGACAGGCAGAUUAUCGACUUCUGUUCGUCCAACUGGAGAUCAUGCUUGGAACUACCUUAGAAUUCUGCCCGAGGUAAAAAAGUAUGUCCUGAUGGAUGAGAUCGCCCCAGGCAUCUUCGAAUGUGUCGCACUUGAUGGUCUGCGCUCCAAGAACACCAUCAACUCAGACGAUCCACCUCGGUCCUUCCGCACAAGAGAUCUCUUCAUGCGUCACCCAACAAACCCGGACUUCUGGAGGUUUGUGUCAAGACUUGACGACAGACUUACCUUGGUCAAUGGUGAGAAGGUUCUGCCGAUCCCUAUUGAAGGCAGGAUACGUCAAGAGGGUCUAGUCAAGGAGGCAGUCGUGUUCGGUGACGGCAAGAGCCUUCCUGGUAUUCUAAUCGUGAAAGCCGAUAUUGCUUCGCAUCUGUCGGAUGCCGACUUCGUUGAACAAAUAUGGCCCGCCGUCGAAGACGCAAACUCUCGUGCCGAGAGCUUCUCACGGAUACCAAAGGAGUUGAUCGUAGUUCUGCCUGCCGACACCACAUAUGCGAAGACUGACAAGGGCACCUUCAUCCGUGCGCAAGUCUACGCACAGUUCAAGGACCAGAUCGAGACCGCAUACGCCAACUUCGAAAGUGGUGAUGACGAGGUCGGCACAGUGGCGCUGCCCUUACCGGAGCUCGAGACCUAUCUGCUACAAAGGUUCCAAGAGAAUCUCGGUGUUAAGCUCUCGGCAACAGACGACUUCUUCGCUUUGGGUAUCGACAGUCUGCAGUGCAUGAAGAUGUGGAGCCUAAUGAAGAAGGAGCUCGACCUUGGUGGGCGCCAGUCUCAACUUGGUCAGAAUGUCCUGUAUGAGACUGGCAACGUCCAAGCUCUCGCUCGCCACAUCAAUGGGUUACGCACUGGUAAUGCAGAGCAAGCGAAGGACACGUACCAAGUCAUGCGUGAUCUUGUCGCAAAGCACUCCUCGUUCAAGACAUACGAUGAAGAGUAUCGAACUACACCAGCUACUGAGACCGUGGUCUUGACAGGUGUCACUGGAGGUCUGGGUGCUCAUCUCCUUGCUCAGCUCGUCCGCGAUCCCAACGUGUCGGCCAUAUGGGCACUUGUUCGAGCAUCAUCAGAACAUACCGCCUUCGAGAGGACGUUACAGAGUCUCUCAUCUCGCGGCAUCUAUCUUUCGGUUGAGGAGAUCCGCAAAGUUAUUGCUGUACCCUCCGACCUCAGCAAGCCAGACUUUGGUCUCGGUGCAUCAAGGUUUGUGCAACUGCGUUCGAGUCUCACUCUGGUCAUCCACAGUGCCUGGGCAGUCAACUUCAACAUUUCCGUAGAGAGCUUCGAAGAUCAGCACAUCAAAGCGGUACCGAACUUCAUCAACCUCUGUCAGUCAACGACACAUGGCUCGCCAGCACGUUUCUAUUUCUGUUCGUCGGUCUCCUCGACCGGAGGUACACCGCGGCCUGGCACAGUCCCUGAGACGCAUGUCAGAGAUAUCGCGCACGUCCAAGGCACAGGCUACGCCAGGUCGAAAUACGUUGCAGAACAGGUCGUUCGUAACGCGAUGAAAGAUGCAGGUGCCCAGGCUAGGGUAUUAAGAAUCGGUCAGCUCGUCGGUGACAGCAAGGUCGGCGAGUGGAAUACAACGGAGGGCAUACCCCUCAUGAUUCAAACGGCAAUCACACUUGGUGCAUUGCCCCAGCUGGACGAGGAGAUGACCUGGUUGCCAGUCGACUACGCAGCGCGCAUUAUCCUCGACGUAUGCAGACCCGACCGUGCUACGUCACGAGCCUCCGACCCGGGCCUCGUCUAUCAUGUUCUCAACCCCACCCGCUUCCACUGGACAAAAGAUAUGCUGCCUGCUCUGUCUGCGGCUGGUCUUGAGUUUGAGUCGUUGCCAACAGACCAGUGGAUGGAGAGGCUACGCAACUCCGACCGCGACCCGAAGAACAACCCUCCGAUCAAGCUGCUUGACUGGUUCGAGAGCAAGUACGGUAGCGCUGCUUCUACAAAGCCGAAGGGACCGUUGGAGUACAUAACAGAGGAGACUGGAAAGGACAGUGAGUCGUUUGGUCAGAUACCCAGCGUAACCGAUAGUCAGUACAUGGGAAUGGUGAUUGAUAGGCUGAAGAAGCGCUGGGCAGCAUAGAGACGAGAUAUUCUCGAGCAUAUAUAAGUACUUAGACAGCGUUUUCAGAGUUUGGGGACCUAGCAGUCCGAGACAACUG